AUGACAAUCCUCACCGACGACGACAAGCAGACGGUGAAGCGGACUGUGCCGAAACCGGCGAACAAGAUUCACGCUGGAGCCGUUGCCAAAUUGUACGUCGCGCACCCAAACCGGACACGAUGGACAUAUACGGGACUGCAAGGGGCAGCCGUGUUGGCGAAUGACUUGGUCGGGCAUACAUGGUGGAUCAAGCUGGUUGACAUUAGUCCUGCCAACCAAGGCGUUCUGUGGGAUCAGGAGAUCUACGACACAUUCGCAUACAAUCAGGACCGGACCUUCUUCCACACCUUUGAGUUGGAACAAUGCCUAGCCGGCCUCAGCUUUGCCGACGAGAAAGAAGCAAAGCAGUUCAAGAAGAAGGUGGACGAGCGGGAGAAGAAUGCGCACAAGAACACACGAGCCAAGCCAUUUGGAAGUGGCAGCGCCGAUGGGCAAUCCCCGACACCAUCGAGCGGCAAGUCCCACGGAAUCAUGAGCAGCCUGUUCUCGCGACACAAGCAUGACGCACCUCAAGCACCAGCGCAGAGCAUCAUUCCUCCGCGCGGCGUGGAGAUCACGAAUCCAGCCAACGCUUCGUCCAACGCCAGACCCGCCCCACCAAACGGGAACCGCUCCUCUGAGAUUGAUUUUAGCGAUCCAAAGGUUCAGGAGGUACUCUUGGAGCUACAAGGCAUGGGGAUCACUGCCGAUCAGAUUGAAGAACACAAGGGCUUUAUUUUGAGUUACCUCGAACAGAAUCGUGCGACCGCAGCGGCCGAAGCGGAGAAGAAUGAGCGUGCUAUGCGUCAACCGCCUCCACCACCGCCCAUGAACAUUGACAAUCUCAGCCCUCAAAAUACCGGGAGCUCGAAAGGAGGCCGAGGACCACCGCCUGCACCUCCGCCAUCAAGACGAUCUGCAGGUGUUGCUCCCGUGCAAAGACCACCCAGUCCAAGUCCGAGCCCGCCUCGCGAACCAUCACCGCCGCGACCUAGAUUCAAGGCGCCUCCUCCAAUUGCCGAUGCUGGAAAGUUCGCCAAUGAGUCUGCGCCUGUGCGGGUGAACCGCCUUCGAGCAAGCAGUCAAAGCCAGCCUGAUCCGACGGCUGGUCCUCCGCCACCGCCACGACCAGGCAAGAUCCCAUUGGACGACGAGCCGUCACCUGCGCCCACACGAUUCGCUGUCCCGCCUCCAUUCGAAGGUAAGCGCAUCGCGGCACCACCGCCGACCCCUGCGCGAGCUGCUCAACCUCCACCUCCUCCGCCGCGGGAUGCAGCACACGGAGCAGUCCCACCACCUCCUCCACCAAGAUCAGCCGUGGCGCCAGUCCCCGGCGGUUUCUCAAGUUCAGGCGGACCGCCACCGCCACCUCCUCUACCGCCAUCCUCAUCACGGCCUGUUCCCCUAGCGCCCGGCGGAGGCGCACCGCCACCUGCUCCGCCACUCCCGCCAUCAUUCUCUGGCUCCGCUCCCCCACCGCCACCUCCGUUCCCACCGACCUCAGCCGCAGGCGGGCCACCUCCACCUCCGCCAUUGCCACCUACAACCUCCAGCGGCGGCCCUCCUCCCCCUCCACCGAUGCCCCCACGAGGAGGCGGAGACGCCGCGCCCGCCCCCGCUCUCCCCGGCGCAGCAGCCCCCGGACGCGGCGGACUCCUCGCAGACAUCCGCGGCGGCGCGCGACUCAAGAAGGUCUCCGACACGGAAAAGCGCGAUCGCAGCGCAGCCAUGGUCCCCGGCUCGGAAGCAGCCACGGGGGCAGGGGCCGGCGCGGGCGGCAAAGCAGGCGAUGCAGGCGAUGCGGCCGCGGCCGCGGCGGGAGGAGGGUUGGCGGGAGCGCUGGCGAGUGCGCUCGCGGCGCGGAAGAGCAAAGUCAGCCAUUCCGACGACGAAAAAGACGACGAUGACUGGUGA